UAUUGUUAUUAAAUUUCGGCAAUUGUAUUACGUUAGAAAAAUACAUACAUUUCGAACUGUUUGAUCACCAUACGUGCACAGUGGAUGCAAAUAUGUCGUCCACUGCGGUUGUCCCGUCUAUAAUAAAAUGUGUGGCGGAUUGUGAAUACAACGACAGAUGCAAGUCCGUCUUUUAUGGAGAUGAUGAUGGAACAUGUACUUUGUGCAGCGAGGUUUUCAACUAUUACGCCGAGAGACCCGCAGUUGCUCCUGCAAACACUAAGCAUCUCAGACCACUCCAGGGAAGUUGCCCAGAAGGUUGGUGGAGUUUCCAGUAUUCCUGUUACACUCUGACGACUGCAUCUACCGGGUUUCAGCAUGAUGAAUGUGUUGCCAUGGGAGCGCAUGCCGUGUACGUUGAAUCAAUAGAGGAACAGCACUUCUUGGCCUAUACAAUGAAACCUGCUACUGGAGAACGCGAUUUAUUCCUGGGAUACAUGAAGAUCAACAAUACCCUUUACUUAGCUGGGACACUCACGCUGCCUACAUUUACUUACUUCGCAUCAGGGGAAGGAAUACUUGCCUUCGAACGUUGUGUUUUCUUUCGGUCAACCCAAUGGGCUGACUGUUCGUGUGGGAAGAAUUCAAAAACGGUCUGUGAAAUUGAACUGUAACUACAUUGCGGGAUUGCUAUUCCGAUUUGAUGUUGUGCGGCUGUUGUUUUUGAAAAAAAAGAAGAGGACAAUGUGCUUGGUUUUUUUUUCUUGACUAUUUUUCCCGUCUGAAAAGAAGGCAUUGAGUAUGCAACCUGACGCUUAACACAGAAUCAAUUUGUUAAGGCCUAAGUGUUUAUAGUUAAACACAGAUUGAGUUUGUUACUAAUAUUUGUUUGUCCACAGGAAAAAAUAUUGGUUUGCGUUCACUCACGCUGCCUACAUUUACUUACUUCGCAUCAGGGGAAGGAACACGUGCCAUCGAACGUUGUGUUUUCUUUCGGUCAAGCCUAUGGGGUGACAAGUCGUGCGGGGGGAAUUCAAAAACGGUCUGUGAAAUUGAACUAUAACUU